CGUAUAUAUUUCUUUUUGCCGGCGAAGGCUUGUUCAGGUUUCAUAAUUCAAUUACUUCUCAUAUUCUGUAAAUAAUUCAUCAAUGGGAGCCAGUAGAAACCUUCAAGGUGAGAUGGAACGAGUUUUAAAGAUAGUUCAAGAAGGUGUUGAUGUUUUCGACAGCAUAGGGAACUUGAUUAACGAUGCCGACAUUGUCAAUGAGAAGGAGAAGUUUGAGGCCGACAUGAAGAAGGAGAUUAAGAAACUUCGGGAGUUCAGACACCGGCUUAAGACAAGCGUGGAUACAGUCCUGCGAGAUCAAGGAUAUCGAUUAGAAGGUGGGAAGUUAUUGCGUAUUACUGGCAAAGGGAGUGCUAGUUGUGAGAAGACUAGCGGAGAUGCUAUUUAAAAAUAUAAGCAAUAUACAUUUGGUGAUGAAAAUUUUGUCUGUCUGCUACUUUAAAAAUGCUAUUUUUACUAAUUUUAUGGGUAUUUCGGUG